GUAUUUCUAGCAGAGUCAAAGAGGAAAACAAAGUCAGUUUUAUUUAAGCCAUAGUUUAAAGUGAGCCUUCAGUUUGCUUAAAUUGGGAACUCGGAACAGAAAAGCAAUGCAUUCUCCAGUCAUAGUUGGUUUAUUUUACUUUCUCCUAAUUAAGGCUUGGAAGAGCUUAACUGUCCAAUGUGAAGCCUAUAUCACAGUACAGCAAUAUCCCGCCAUAGCCUCUAUUAAAUAUGGCACAUCUGCACUUCUUGCUUGUAUAUUUGAUUUCCAGUUUCUGUCAGAGGCUGAAAUUGAAGUCUACUGGAAUAUUCAAUUGCUGCUUUUUAAUGAUUCCAUGAAGAAAAUAGCCAUGUCUUCAAAGAUGUUGCCUUUAAACCAAAGUGCUUCGUUGUCAAAGGAUGAUGGAAAAUACAAGCUCACAGGCAAUCUUCUAAAAGGUGUAGUCUUCUUAGAAGUGAAGAAUCUUCAACCACGGGAUGUUGGUCUGUAUACCUGCGAAGUAGCACGCCUGAUACCACCUCCAUAUCUAGAAGGAAGUAGCAAUGGAACUUAUAUCUGUGGAAUAGAAGAUACAUUGCAAGAUUCCUGCAAGUCAUCAGAAAUGAAAUUUGUCAUAUGCCUGGGGACCCUGGCAGCCUAUACAUUUGUGAUCAUCAUGACUACCAUAAUUUAUGUACUGGUUAGAAGAAAAUCUACCUGCACAAGUUCUCCACUGCCAAGCAGAGACUCCAUGAUAUACGUGGAUAUGAAUUUUGCAAAAGAAAGCAUUAAGAGUGAUGAAUGAAAACUAUGGAGCUAGAAAUGUUGGAAAGUGGCUAUCUGCCUUUGUUGAAAUAUUCUAGAAUGAUUGGAUUUUUUUUUUUAAUUAUAAAGCAUGAUGGGUGUAGAGCACUAUAUGCUUAAGAAUAGCAUUAGUUUGAUGGGAUUUUGAUUUGUUUUUAAACAUUGUAGAACUAGAAUUUGUUAUUGCAGCAGGUAGUUCAGGCCCUUCAUCAGCAAAGCACUUAAGCACUUGCUUAACUUCAAGUGAUGCUUAUGUCUCAUGGAGCUCAGUGAUUAGCUAUUGUUAGUUGCACAAUGUCCUAAUUAUUUUUUAUGGUUUCCCUUGCCACUUGUGUUGCAUUUUAGCUUUUACAAGAAGCCAAUAUUUUUGUGGCUGCCCAAAUAAUAGGGAUUGCAGCAACUUGACAACAUUUCUUUUGGUUUGUUUUUAAAAGCAAUCACCAUGAACCCCUGCAUUCUGAUGAACUAGUGAACACAGUAAAGGAGCCAUUUCUCUUGAUGGAAGAGCAAGGCCCGAACUGGUUGCAUGUCUUAGUGGUUCAGAGUUACUCUUCACAACAGUAAAAAUUUUUAA